UCGACAAUAUUUUAUCUGAGCCACUUCAGUAACCUUACGCUCUCAAACCAUUAGAGCAAUCGGCCUGAAGUUUCGCAAGGAUACAAUAUUUCGAAAGGUUCGAGAUUAUUCCGCCAAACUGCAAACGUAGCAGUGUGUCCGUCUCAAUCAGCCGAUUGAGACGAUUUCAUCGGCCAUCCAUCAAGGCCACUCAUCGAGGCCACCUUCAGCCGAAGGUUCCGCCAGUUUCCACCAAUGGUCAAGUAUCGACCAGCAUAUAUUAUUUUAAAAUAUACCUUUUCAAAGAUUGCACGUGACAUCAAGUUAAGUCUAAUCGUUAAGACACUAUAAAUAUUGCUUCUCACACUAGUUCCUGUUUAAGCUAUUAAUGGCUUGUGUAGUCUAAAAAUAAAAACAUUAUAAGACUCUAAUUUUUGGGCCCCGGGACCGCCCUGUUCCUGAAGGGAACAGGCACAAGCUCCCGUCUGCUGGUCUAAGCCGCGGCAGGCGAUUGGAGUGGGCAAACACGACCUCUUUUGAUCCCGGGUCUCAGGGCGUUCGGCGCGGGGAAGUCUUCGGAAUGCGAGGUCCUAAAACUGGAAACAUACGGUGCGAACAUACAUUUAUUCAACGACUUACAUGUGAGGGUGGCUAACCCGUCCGGACUGGUAUAGGGUAGCGUUGGUUGCAGCGAGGAGCGGCGUCAACCGCGGUGACGAGCUGUGUGGAGUGACGGUGACCGCAGGGAACCGCGGCGUUGGUUGCAGGGAAGGGCGGCGUUGGCCAUCAAGAGGGACGACGUCACCCACAGCGAGAAUCGACAACAACGGGCUGUGGCCGCAGGGAAAAGCGGCGGCAGCAGCAGCGAACAUCGGCUGGGCCGACUCGAAGUGCAGCGUCGGGGUUGACCGCCGAGGAAAGCGCCGAGAAAGGUGACCUGGCGGUGGCGAAGUUUGUAGUGGCCCACCACAAGAAGCAGCGCAGAGCAGCGGUGGCCGUGGUAACCAGCCAAAGUGGCCACAGAGAAAACGGCGGUGAUGGCCGCAAUGAAGAUGAACUUUGGCCGAUCACUCGUUUUUGAAGUUUUGUCCCUUUCGACGUUUUGGCAUUCAACCAUUUGGCAUUCGACGUUUUGUCUUUCGAUGUUUUGUCUCUAAACCAAUAUAUGUAUGUGUAUAUACUGUGUAAUGGAAACAAUUUAUUUUUAGAAUAAAAAGCUCAAUCGAAUUGUUUAAGAAGCGCUUUUAGAAAAUGGCUAUGUGAGAAACGAGGAGUAAGCAAAGGAAACAGGUGCACCAAGUGUUACGAGGGGCAAGAUCUGCAGAUCACUACAUGUUUAGUUCGAUUAAUUGCUAUUAACAAAGUAUGUGUCCUACGUUCACUCAGAAUUCACAUUGACCAAAAAUAUAAAUCUUGUUUCCAUGUGUAUGAUAUUGUUUGUAUAUAGAAUAGAGGUAAUUAACUAUAGAGGGAGAAUGUCGCUGGCGUCGCCGCCGAAACAUCUCUUGCUGGCGAAGAUAGGGGGGUAUAUAAGUGUCAAAGCGAAAAAGUAUGCAGUUUGACAGAUAGAUACCCGGGAUGCAGCGACAUUCGUCCUCUAUAGUUUAUUAACUCUAUUGUAUAUAGUAUUGGGAUAUCAAAAGUAUCUCAAACUUACACCAUAUUGUUUGAAUUGAAAGCGGUUCGUCAAUAACUUCCUCCCAAAAAAUGGUCCACAGUAUAGCAUAGCAUAGCAUAGCCGACCGUAUACAUCCUGGGGUGGCUGUCGAUAGUGUAGAAGUCGUCUGGUUGAUGGUUGGAAACAGAAUGAAUUUAUUGACUAACAGUGUUCCUAACUGUCUAUUCCCUAAGCCUACUACAACGGAAACGGAUAUGAACAACAUACUAGAUGUUCACGCUACUACAACUCGGCCAUCCUGAUGAGACUUCAACCCGAAGCAUAUUGUUACAAAUCAUUGGGCGUCCAACGUUUUAAAUUACACGGAUCAAAAACCGAACUGAACGGAACUUGAUUUAAUUGAAAUCCAUCAAUAUCUGCUACAACAAAUCUAUUAUUAGGAAAAAUUUUCUUAAUUUGGUAAUGGCCUUUGAAUUGUUUUUGAAGCUUACGAGACACACCAACCUCUGGUCUGUUUGGAAUAUAAAUCAAUUCACCAACAUUGAAAGUGUUGUUUAUUUUACAUUUCUUAUCGCUAUUUUUUUUUAUUCUUUGAUUGAACUAUUUUUAUCUUUUCCGAUGCUUUUUGCCGAAUAUCAAUUAAAUCUCUUUCAACAUAUAAUUCUGAUUUUAAAUAUUCCCUAAUUUGAUCAUCAAUUUUACAUUUUUGAUUUUUUUUUCCUCCCUUGUUGGGGAAAUUAAGCCACUGCGUCCAAUAGGCUGAACUUUUGUGGCAUACCAAAAAUAUGUUUAACCCACCAUCAGUCGCUUGCGUGUACUGAGUACACGCGUCUCAGAAAAAUGCAAAAAAAUAAUCGAAAUUCGCACCAAAUUGAACCGGGUGUUGGUCCUAUUCCAAGAUCCACUCUUCUUCUUGUUAGUAAGGCAGAAAAAAAUUAAAAAAUGCACGGAAAGUACUCGAAAAAUACGUAAUUCUAACCUCACUUUUUAAAUGUGUACUCAGUACACCGGCUGUAACUUUUUUUUUUGAACCAGACCGUUACACGAGCGGUCGCGUCGUGUACUCAGUACACGGCAAACAUUUUCAAUUGAGGUUUAUAUGCUUUACUAGAUACAAUGUUGGUGUCUUCGGCAAAAAUGUCCAACUGGAUAAUGCGCGUCUGGUAGUGGACAUGUGGAACCGGUCAACACGAUCUGGUCCUGUCCCGGGUGUCGGAAUGGCCCUCGCGGGAACCUGUUUCGUGGACAUUUCAGUUAUGGCACCAAAACUAGGCAUGCGACGGCUCUAUCUCCAUGUUUUUUCAUGUACAUCUGUUGGGUACGCUACAUCAGCGCCCGUCAGACACCAUAUGCCCCACUCCACCUACGGAUGAUUUGCCACACCCAGUACCUACGGAAAGGAUCGAUCGCAAGCAGAGAAGUACACACCGUACCUACAAUGUGUCUAAAUGACAAUAGAUCGAAGAAAUUACGUUCGCUCGGUAAUGACUGUGUCAGCUUGUGAUAAAAACCUAUGAAUUUAAGUUGAAGAUCUUAAAUGAAUUUGGACUACGAUAGCUUGAAUAUUUUUGCACUUAUCUAGUGUUGUUAAUGUAGUCCAGGUAAUGGGAAAAUUAAUGCAAUAAUGUGUAAAUAUUGUGCUAAUCAUACGCCACAUAUUACAGCAUAGUUGAAAAAAGUGUCCCUUGGAUUAGCUGGACACGAUAAUUAGAAGGCAUAUGCCGUUGAAUUAGACCUUUAUCUGUUAAUUUGAACCUAAGAAUGGUAAGACUAUGAAUGAAAUACUUUCCAUUAACUAAUUGAUCGUUCAUAAACCUACAGCAUGAAUUCCAUGAUAUAUAUCAUCAGUAGUAGGCUAUUGAGUUCCGUCUGAAUUCGAUUAAGGCAGUUUAGGGUAAGAGGUCCUAUUUUCAUGUUCAGCCGCAUCAUAUUUAGCUUUAUCACACUCAUUAAUAGAUCAUACAGUAAAAACUGCGAAUAGUGGACCGUAAUCGGGUGUUAUCAACACCAAGUGUUAACAACUUCUGUUGAGCGGUAGUAAGACUACAGUAAGGACCAAAAUAAUCCAGUUAUAAACACAUUCUAAUGUAACUUUUUCCAUCAGGUAUUUUGUAAUUACUCAAUAAAUUCUUCACAAAAUCAACCAAACCCUACCGCCCAACAUCUUACAAAAUACUGUACGGUAUGUCGAGAAAGGCCUCUCCGACUGGAUCCGGAUUAAGCUCCGACGUAGGAGCAGUGAAUCGCCUCUUCUCAGCUGGCGCCAGUCGUAGCGCACCCGAGGACCAUGGGAUUUCUUUAUCCAACGACGCUGUGGUCACCGAAUUCAGCAACCUGGCCAUCGUGAACAACGCAGGACGCGAAGCGAAUGAGCCGGCGCGGUCGGUGGCGAGUGCCCAGGGCAACGCAGCAGUGGUAACAGGAGUGUCUUCCCCUCCUCCUCCCCAGGUAACAGAUGAUGAUAAUCAUAUUACGAAGGGCCAACAGUUAGGGACCAAGCGUAAGGAAGGAGCUAGUUAUACUGUUACGAAUAAUCCAGUCCGGUCUGUAAAUACGGAUAUAUACAGAAUCCUAAUCUUCGCGUUCGAAUAACACAGUUCAGUCACUGUGAAAUGUGUAAUGAACGAGAUACGAGCAGUAUGGUACAGUGCGAUACUUGUGAUUUGUGGUAUCACUUCUCAUGUGUGGAAGUAACUGGAGGAAUUGCGGAUCAAAGUUGGGUUUGUCCAGCGUGUGGUAUUCCCGAGAUCGAGCAGCGUGGUACCGAUCUACUGAAAACUGUUCCUGUAGACCCACCCCUAAGGCCGGAGAACUUGCGGAAGUCUAUCGGUAAGGCAAGCAGCAAUCGCAGCAAUCAACGAAAAGUCGCCUUACGGCUACAGAUGCUGGAAGAGCAGAAGCAAUUGGAGCAACGGUUUUUGGAAGAAAAAUACAGAAUACUAGACGAAGAGGAAGAUGACUGCGAAACUGUGGUUAGCGAAGAGGAUGUAAGAUCGAUGGAAAUGUCCAAGAUCCAAGGAUGGUUGGUAAACACCAGCAAAUGUGGUGAGGAUUCCGGUUUAGUCGUAGGAGACGGACCCGAAGUACAAGAUCAACGACCUGGUCUGAAUGAACGACCUGUGUAUGCAGAAUUCGUCGAACCACGUUCGACGCUACCACAGUUCAAUCCCAAUCAGCGAUCGACACCUCGUCAGCAGAGUCGAAACAACGAUUUACUCCGAGAAUCGGUUCCCGUAUCGCAAAGUAUGUUUUACCAACCUUCGACGCAGAUACCGCAAACUACGUUUCGUCAUCCAUCAUCGAACGUAGAAUUCCUUCACCGGUACCGUCAACCUGGUACAGCAGUCCAGUUUCGUCAGCCCCUUGAUAAUCAGUCUACAACUCAACGUGCAGGUCCAGUUCCUGUAGUUCAAUACACGCGACGAGGACACCCAUCGGCCCCAAUAUAACAAUUUCAGCCAGUCACUGGGGGCUAUCAAGUGCCUCAAUUAGACCCAGCACCCAGACACCAGGAAUCCAAUCUUCGAGACGUGGAAGACAACGUUUGCAUACUCAACCGAAGUCAGUUGGCAGCCCGCCAAGCCGUAUCCAAAGAAUUACCGGAGUUCUAUGGAAAUCCAGAGGAUUGGCCGUUAUUUUUCUCCAUGUAUAACUCCUCUACGCAGAUGUGUGGGUUUUCCAAUGAGGAGAAUAUGCUUAGACUCCGAAAAUGCCUGAGGGGAAAAGCUCUUGAAGCAGUGCGAUGCCGACUGCUACAUCCUUCCAACGUUAACAGUGUAAUUUCCACCUUGAAGAUGUUGUAUGGGAGACCGGAAGCCAUCGUGCAAUCGGCAAUCCGGAAAGUCCGGUCAUUGCCGUCACCGCAAGUCGAGCGGCUCGAUACAGUGGUAAACUUCGCACUAACAGUCGAAAAUCUGGUGGCCACAAUUGAAGCAUGCGGAAUCGAGGAUUUCGUAUAUAACGCCUCCUUGAAAUUUGAACUGGUGGAUCGUCUACCUCCUGGACUGAAGUUGGAUUGGGCGAAGCAUUCCAGAAAUAUCCCAUCACCCAAUCUAUUGGAUUUCAGUGGAUGGCUGUAUUCGAUUGCUGAGGAUGCUAGCGCGGUAAUGCAGACUUCGGUUGGCGGAAGCAGAGGCCGUGGGACGAAAGAUGGAUUUGUGAAUAUUCACGCUGAAACUGAACACUCAGGAGAAAUGCGAAGCGAACCCACAAUACAAGGACUAUCUUCAGUAACUGUACAGGAUUGCGUCGUGUGCAAAGGUAGAUGCCCGUCAAUCGUCAAAUGCAAACGAUUUGGAGAAUUGAGCCUGGAUGCGAAGUGGGCCGUUGUUCGCGACGCAAAACUGUGCCGUAAAUGCUUACGAAGGCACAAUGGAUCCUGUAGGCAACAGAAACCUUGCGAAGUCAACGGCUGUACGUUUUUGCAUCAUCCGCUACUGCAUAAUAAGUUGCAAGAUACAGAAAAGGUGCAAUCAGACCGAGCAUCGCCGAGUACCACCGGAAGCUGCAACGUUCAUCAGGUUCAAACCAGUGAAGUUUUAUUCCGUAUUGUUCCGGUGCAGCUGCAUGGUCCAUCGAAUGUUAUUCAGACAUACGCGUUCAUUGACGAUGGCUCAGAACUAACGCUACUGGAGGACAGUUUAGCAGAGGAACUAGGAGUAAAAGGACCUCGAACAUCGUUGUGCUUGAAGUGGACGGGAGGAACCAAGAGAGUGGAAGCUGAAUCGCAAAUUGUUGAUGUGGGAAUAUCAUCGACGGGAAAACCGGAUCAGCCAUAUAGGAUGACCAAAGUCCACACGAUACAAAAUCUGCAACUGCGACCUCAGACCUUAGUGCUCGACGAACUGCUGCAACGUUUCAAGCACUUGAAAGGAUUGCCGAUCGAAUCAUACACGAAUGUGUGUCCCCGAAUCCUGAUUGGCCUGGACAAUGCUACAUUGGGACAUGCAAUGCAAGGACGUGAAGGAAAGCCCCGAGAACCGAUAGCGGUCAAGACUCGGUUAGGAUGGAUCGUCUAUGGAAGUUGUUCGCGAACACAGCAAGACAUCAGCUACGUGAACGUGCAUGCUAUUGAAGUAUGCGAAUGCAACAGAGUCUCGGACGCCGAUCUUCACACUGCCAUGAAGGAAUACUUCGCUUUGGACAGCCUCGGGAUCGCGAAGCCCAGCAAGAUCCUACGGUCUACGGAGGACGAUCGAGCAAUGGAGAUUCUGGAAAAGCAAACUAACCGGAAGGAAGACCGGUAUGAAUCGGGGUUGCUCUGGAAGUACGAUGAUGUUCGCUUUCCAAACAGCACAGGGAUGGCUUUCAGAAGAUGGCAGUGUUUGGAUCGACGAAUGAAACGCGACAAAACGUUUUCGGAAACAAUACAAUUGAAAAUGACUGAUUAUGUGAAUAAGGGAUACGUGCGCAAGUUAACGGAGGCAGAACUAAAUACACGGAAGGCUUUGGAGUGGUAUUUGCCUGUUUUUCCAGUAACGAAUCCCAAUAAACCGGGGAAGGUAAGACUGGUGUGGGAUGCAGCUGCCGCUGCGUACGGCGUUUCUCUCAACUCGCUGUUACUCAAGGGUCCGGACCUCUUGACGUCCCUCCUCACCGUUCUCGUACAGUUUCGACAAUUCCGAAUUGCUGUUUGCGGGGACAUUCGGGAGAUGUAUCUGCAGAUUCUAUUGAAACAGGAUGUUCGAUUGUGCUUUUUCUGGAAAGACUGCGAAGACGAUGAAAACCCUAGUGUGUACACGAUGUUGGUGUUGCCAUUUGGAGUGUCAUGUGCCCCAACCAUUGCGCAAUAUGUGAAAAACACCAACGCUCAGCGGUUCGCCAAGGAGCAUCCUGCGGUUGUCCAUGCUAUCGUUGACCAACAUUACGUUGACGAUAUGCUUAUGAGUACUGAAACUGAACAAGAAGCGAUUGACGUGGCAAGAAACGUCAAGAAGAUCCAUGCUGAAGCCGGCUUCGAGAUGAGAAACUGGAUCUCGAAUUGUCCGCAAGUUUUGCAAGCGCUAGAAGAGCCACUAACGAAGGAGAAAAGCCUUAACCUGGAAGAUGGUGUGAUAACCGAAAAAGUAUUGGGCAUGUGGUGGAAUACGGCCACCGAUUGUUUCUUCUUCAAGAUUUCACCACGGUAUGACCCGGAACUGAUGUCUGGACAACGAAGGCCCACGAAACGCGAAGUUCUACGAACCCUGAUGAUGAUCUUUGACCCCUUGGGGCUUAUCGGUCAUUUUUUGAUGUACCUGAAAGGAGUACUGCAAGAAAUCUGGCGUACUUCUGUCGGGUGGGAUGAGUUAAUCGAAGAAAAGCAGUUCGGAAUGUGGAUGGAGUGGCUCAACGUUCUUCCAGAGGUGGCGAAGGUAGAAAUACCGCGAUGCUUCAGGACCACUACAUCGAUCGAAAGCUCAAACGAAGUACAGUUGCACGUUUUUGUUGACGCUAGCGAGACGGGAUUUGCAGCAGUGGCUUAUCUUCGAUUUCAGGAGAGACAAACAAUCGAAACAGCGUUAGUGGGAUCGAAAACUCGUGUUGCACCGAUCAAGUUCCUAUCGAUCCCACGCUCAGAGCUUCAGGCCAGCGUCAUCGGAGUAAGAUUAGCGAACACCAUACAGCAAUCUCUCACUAUCAAGGUAAACCGGCGUUUCUUUUGGACUGAUUCAACGGACGUUAUCAGUUGGAUUCAAUCUGACCAUCGGCGAUACAGCCAAUUCGUCGCGUUUCGUGUAAGCGAAAUAUUGGAAACAUCUGAUGUUAGAGAGUGGCAAUGGAUACAAACGAAACAAAACGUCGCAGAUGAAGGAACCAAAUGGAAACGAGUUCCAGACAUGAGUGGAUCCAGCCGGUGGCUGAACGGGCCGGAUUUUUUAAGCAAACCGGAAGCAGAAUGGCCCGUCAAGCAUCAAACUUCUGGAACAACUGUAGAAGAAUUACGUCCUCAUCUGCUUGUGCAUCUUAUGUCAUCUGAAGCAAUCAUCGAUCCUCAUAGAUUCUCCAAAUGGACCGAACUGCUACGCCGUAUGGCCUACGUGUUCCGUUUUGUCAAAAAUACAAGGAUUUCCGAACAGGAGAGGAGCUUUGGGCCUUUGACGUCAUCGGAGCUGGCUGAAGCUGAAAACUAUUUCUAUCGACUUGCUCAACGGAGUGUCUUCGCCGAUGAAGUAGCAGUUUUGUUAGACAGGAGAAUGUCAGAAAACUCCAAGCUUGUCAUUCCAAAGAGCAGCUCAAUACACAACCUUUGUCCGUUCCUCGAUAAAGAUGAUCUGCUACGCGUACGUGGUAGAACCGGAGAGUGUCGGUUCAUCAAUCAGGAGACUGUCAACCCCAUUCCCCUUCCGAAGGCUCAUCACGUCACUAGUCUAGUUGUGUCCCAUUAUCACAGGAAAUACCAUCACCAAAACCAUAAUGUCACCAUCAACGAACUGCGACAAAAGUUUAGUAUUCCCCAACUGAAGGCUACAUAUAACAAGGUCCAGCGAGACUGCCAGCAGUGCAAGAACGACUCUGCGCGGCCAGAACCGCCAGCCAUGGGGGACUUACCCUUACCUCGAUUAGCUGCUUACGCUCGUCCGUUCACGUACAUGGGAGUGGACUACUUCGGUCCCUAUGUGAUCAUUCUGGGACGUCGUCUAGAAAAGCGAUGGGUGCUUCUGGCCACCUGCCUCACCACUCGAGCCGUUCACUUGCAAAUGGUUCACUCUAUGACUACCGAUUCAUGUAUAAUGGCCCUCAGGAACGUCAUGGCCAGGAGAGGUGUUCCGGCAGUUAUUUAUAGUGAUCACGGGACAAAUUUUCAAGGCGCUAGCAAAGAAUUAGAGGAAGCUAUGGAGAAUCUGGACCGAGUGAGGUUCGAAACUGAGUUUACAACUUCUCAUACGUCCUGGAAAUUCAUCCCACCGGCUUCGCCGCAUAUGGGCGGCGCAUGGGAGCGCCUCGUGCGUAUCGUGAAGCAGAACCUUGCUAAACUAAAACCGAGCAGGACGAUGUCACAUGAAGUUCUGGAAAACAUGUUGACGGAGGUCGAGAAUGUGAUCAAUUCACGCACGAUGACCAAUCUACCGUUGGACGACGACCAGUCGCCAGUAUUAACCCCAAACCAUUUUUUACUGGGUUCCAGCAAUGGUUUGCGACCGUGGGUGCCUUUCAGCGACAGUUCAGAAUUGUUGAAAAAUUCUUGGAAAGUUUCGCAGAGCCUGGCCAACCAGUUUUGGAGGCAAUGGCUACGAGAUUACUUGCCGUAUAUUACCCGACGCACGAAAUGGUUCACAGAUGUGGAACCGAUUAGAGUCAACGAUCUGGUUAUCAUCGUAGACCCAAAACUUCCACGGAAUACCUGGCCGAAAGGCCGCGUUAUUGGCGUCAAACAAGGACCAGAUAAUCAAGUAAGGAGUGCCACCGUUCAGACUUCGCAAGGAAUUUAUGAACGACCCGCAGUGAAGCUCGCCGUGCUUGAUGUAGGCGUUAGAAUCAAUGCAGACUUCAAUGACCGCAUUCGGGGGGGAGUGUUGGGUACGCUACAUCAGCGCCCGUCAGACACCAUAUGCCCCACUCCACCUACGGAUGAUUUGCCACACCCAGUACCUACGGAAAGGAUCGAUCGCAAGCAGAGAAGUACACACCGUACCUACAAUGUGUCUAAAUGACAAUAGAUCGAAGAAAUUACGUUCGCUCGGUAAUGACUGUGUCAGCUUGUGAUAAAAACCUAUGAAUUUAAGUUGAAGAUCUUAAAUGAAUUUGGACUACGAUAGCUUGAAUAUUUUUGCACUUAUCUAGUGUUGUUAAUGUAGUCCAGGUAAUGGGAAAAUUAAUGCAAUAAUGUGUAAAUAUUGUGCUAAUCAUACGCCACAUAUUACAGCAUAGUUGAAAAAAGUGUCCCUUGGAUUAGCUGGACACGAUAAUUAGAAGGCAUAUGCCGUUGAAUUAGACCUUUAUCUGUUAAUUUGAACCUAAGAAUGGUAAGACUAUGAAUGAAAUACUUUCCAUUAACUAAUUGAUCGUUCAUAAACCUACAGCAUGAAUUCCAUGAUAUAUAUCAUCAGUAGUAGGCUAUUGAGUUCCGUCUGAAUUCGAUUAAGGCAGUUUAGGGUAAGAGGUCCUAUUUUCAUGUUCAGCCGCAUCAUAUUUAGCUUUAUCGCACUCAUUAAUAGAUCAUACAGUAAAAACUGCGAAUAGUGGACCGUAAUCGGGUGUUAUCAACACCAAGUGUUAACAACUUCUGUUGAGCAGUAGUAAGACUACAGUAAGGACCAAAAUAAUCCAGUUAUAAACACAUUCUAAUGUAACUUUUUCCAUCAGGUAUUUUGUAAUUACUCAAUAAAUUCUUCACAAAAUCAACCAAACCCUACCGCCCAACAACAUCAUCUUAGUAACCAUGAAAAUGACCAGUGACCUGGCUAACCCGUGGCCACUGGAAUGUGCCCUGGAGGAACCUGUUACGAGGACAUUUUGACCAUGACACCAAAACAAGGUAUGCGACGGCUUUAUCUUCAUGAUUUUCCAUAUCCAUUAUUUUAAUAACCAUGAAAAUGACCAGUAACAUCCCUGGCCAACCCGUGGCCAAUGGAAUGUGCCCUGGAGGAACCUGUUUCGAGGACAUUUUGACCAUGACACCAAAACUAGGCAUGCGACGGCUCUAUCUUCAUGAUUUUUCAUAUCCAUCAUCUUGGUAACCAUGAAAAUGAUCAGUGACCUCCCUGGCCAAACCGUGGCCACCGGAAUGUGCCCUGGAGGAACCAGUUUCGUGGACAUUUUGGCUUUGACGCUAAAACUAGGCUUGCGACGCACAGUGGUCCAGAUUUGAAAAUAUCUGGCAAAAAUUGCCAAAUCAUAGUAGUUUGCUAGUUUUAGCCUAUAUAAAUGUAUUGGAACAUGAUUUAGUGCUCAAUUUCAUUUUAAAGGCGUUUUCAUUUUUUGUCGGUUUAUUCGACCAAAAUCCGAUCAAAAUUGAUGUUUUUCAUACAGUUUUACUAUACACAUAUCAUCAUGGCGCUAUUGUUUUGGCAGCUCUUUGCAGUUGCAUUUUUCAUUAACCGAUUCUGCAUACAUAAACGAGCAUUUCGGCACCUACAUUUCAAAAGGGCGUAACUGCAUUUCAAAACAGUGCCUUUUUUGAAGCUGUGGAUCGUAUUUCAUAUUUCCCAUGAAAUCCAUCCCCACUAUCAGAAAGAGGGGGAUUUUAGCUUUCUUUUAGUGCUUAUAGAUUGUCCAAAAGAUUGAACAUACGAUCCACAGCUUUGAGAGAAGGCACUAUUUCAAAAAGCAGUUACGCCCUUUUGAAAUGUUGGUGCCGAUUUGAACGGAAUAUCCCCGCGGGGAGUAGAGGGGAGCGAUUUGUAAGACAGUUUGAAGUCGAACUGUAAGAAUUUCUCGUACUAAUGACAUGUAAUGUAAAUUUUGAAGCCAAAAGCGCUAUUUUGAUCUCUUGAUUCAUUACAGAUGUCUGAUAUACACAAGAACUUACGAAAAACUUUUGAAAGCAAUUGUAUUACUUAUAUCAAUAGACUUUUGUAGUGGUUGAACUUGUUUGUGUUCUUUAUCAAAAAUUCAGCACUUUUUCCAUCAGCAGCUAGUCAGUGCUGUAACAAGAUACAAAAUCAAUAUUUCCAAUUCUUUUAAAUGCCAAUUAGUGCUCCUGGUAUUAUGGAUGAAUGCUCAAUAUACGGUAUCCCAUAUAAGAAAUGUUCAAAAAUUGAGUUUCUGCCAGCUUUUCUCAAAAUUGGACCUCUGUGCGACGGCUCUAUCUUCCUGAUUUUCCGCGGGCGGAAACGCCGCUACGAGACCGGCACCUAUACCCUCUCCGGUUGCCGGCUACCCCACGCCGCUACUGCUGGACGCAGCAUUCCCUUUUCGUGCCUCGGAGUAAGUAAUAUAAGGUUUAAAAACUAAUCCCCAUAUUCUAGCUCGCUAAAUAAAUCCGAAGACCUCCCCAUUACCUCCUCAACGACCCUGGGACUCGAGGACACAAAAGAGGCCUUUUGUGCACGCCUCGUUGGCUGCCGUUGGCUGGCCCAGCAGCCUGAGGUUUAGAUCGACUCCCCCUCUGGGUCUCGGUACACACGUCCAGGGAUUGGCGGCAUGCACCGUGCGGUGCGAAAAAAGCGUGUGCUUCACACAAUCGCAAGUGCUCGUCUCCCGUUUUGCCGAGAGACAAGAGACGUACGAGUGAGAGCUUUCGUAAUUGUGCGAGAGACAAUCGCAGCACUAGCUCUACGGCGCGGGGAGUAAUGCACGGUGCUAGGGACUGCGCUUGUCUCCAAACAGAAAAAAAUCAAUUGAUAAAUUAAUUGAAGAGUUUGUGUUUUCGGCAAAGUUGUUAAGCUUGUCAAGGGUUGACAAGUGAUGGGUCGUUUGAUUCGAAAGUUUUCCAAUCAUGCGUAGUAUCAAGCCAAGUGCAAAGCACGGAGACAAGCACCGAGAGAGUGCAUACGACAGAGCGUCAGAGACAGGAGAGCUCCAGCGCGCGGCACACUAAGCGAGCAACACACAACCGAUUGCGCGUACUCGUCUCCUUCUAGUUUGUUGUGCUGUCUCGUAGCAGAGUGUGCGGCACGCAAAGAGUUUUGAGUCGCACCCUAUCCCUGCACACGUCCUCGAGGAGCGGUAACAUUUGGCCACGUUGCAUGCGGCCUACGAAGCUCUCUGUCACCGUAGACGUCCCCGCCUGAAAGCCUGCGGGUAUUUCACCGUGCCGGAAGUACCGUCUGGCCCCAAAGACCACUGCACGGGUCCCCAUUCCGGCCGCCGGAGUAGAUCAAGCCAAGUUCGCCACUAUCGUGAGGUCUUUCACCAACUCCUUGCCGCCGCCGCGGUGGACGCCGCUACGGAACCGACACCGUCGACCCCGCCGGUCGCCUACCAGCCCCUCGUCGCCAUUGCGGUGCCCGCCUCUACGGAUCCAACACCUUCGGCCUCGCCGGCCGUCUGCUAGCCCCUCGCCGCCGCCGCCGCUACCAAACCACCACCUUCAACCUCGCUGAUCGCCUGCUAGCCCCUAGCCUGGGGCGGUGCACGCCGCUACGAGACCGGCACCUAUGCCCUCUCCGGUUGCCGGCUACCCCACGCCGCUACUGCUGGACGCAGCAUUCCCUUUUCGUGCCUCGGAGUAAGUAAUAUAAGGUUUAAAAACUAAUCCCCAUAUUCUAGCUCGCUAAAUAAAUCCGAAGACCUCCCCAUUACCUCCUCAACGACCCUGGGACACGAGGACACAAAAGAGGCCUUUUGUGCACGCCUCGUUGGCUGCCGUUGGCUGGCCCAGCAGCCUGAGGUUUAGAUCGACUCCCCCUCUGGGUCUCGGUACACACGUCCUCGAGGAGCGGUAACAUUUGGCGCCCAACUAAAAUCCUGGAAGUUUCCCAGCAAGAAAAAAUAUUCAGUGAAUAUUUUUUCUUCUUUUGAGGUGUGGGGGAGUUUUUGCGAAAAUCGCCUUUCUCUCAAGUUUAUCAGAAAAUCCGUCCGGCUAGUUAAUCUCGCCUAUAUAGCAUUUUCAACUGAGCUGGUGAUUGUUAGAUCAAUAUCGCGUUCGUCAGAACAAAGCAAGUUGUACGACGGAAUUCAUGGAGCAUUUUCUUCCUGAAACCGGAACGAAAACUUAAAUCGCGUAUAGGAAAAGUUGUGCUUGGUAAUAAAUCACAGGAUAUUUAGAUCAACCGACAAAAUUCAUGAAUUCAAAUCCCGUAUAGCUGAAUAAAAUCUGUGCAAACGAGAAUCGAACAAACAUAAUGCCGCGGUUUUCUGGCGAAUCAUUUUGCGCCAUGUAUCGUACGCUGCGCGUCGAUCAUUUGGAGCCUGGUGAAUUAGACUAUGAGCUGCUCCUUCGGAAUAUCGUAAUCGCGGAUGACGAAUCGCGGUGCAAAAGGCGACGUCGGUUAAGAGAGGUCCUAAAACAAGAGCGGGAAGGUCAUGAGCAUAUUCUGGAGUUCGAUCAUGAUCCUGAAGUGGAUCUUAAUAAUUGUUUGAGAAUGGUCAGUGAGAUAAAACGUAUACUUGAAACGAAGGGAAUGAACAGUAGUCUUUGCAAGUCAAGAUUGCUACAUCUGGGUCAUCGUUUGACAGUGAUUAGGAACCAUUGCAGUGAGGAGCUCACUGCAACAUGUAGCAAAGAUUUUCAAGAUGUGAUUGCCCUUAUUUUCAGAACAUUUUUGGAAUGAGAAUAGUUUUUUGCUGAUGCGGAUUCAUCGUCCUCAAGUGACAGUGAAUCCCAACAAGGAGCUUCGGCAUUGAAGCCUUCUUCUUCAGUGCCAUAUACAGGUACGAAGCCGAAGCGACCAACGACAAAAUAUGUGUCAAAGUUGGACUUUACAUCCGCGAUGAAAGAAGUAGCAGACCUUUUCAGUAAUUUGACCACAGAGUUAAAAGAACUGAAGACGGACCUGAAAUCGAGAAAAGCUAGAUCAACUAGCGAGCUAGAUAUAUCUGAUUUUAUGAUGGAUGCCCUAGUGACGUCUGAUCGCAAAGAAGGUGAAGGGAACAAACCUGCUACGAGUACGCUUGUUUUUUCUAGGUCGUCGACGUGUGUAACGACAGCAAUUAAUCAAAGCAUUCUUUAUCCCCCUCCUUCGUCAACCCAGUCGACUAGAAUCUCACAAAGCAAUCAACCGGCUGUUUGUCAGUUGAACUCCACCAACCCAUUUCUGACAGAUUGUCCCCAGGAACUACCGCCGCCCCUUGAACCAACUCGUUCUGAACCGGCCGUAACAUUUACUAUUCCUCAGGGGUCCAGUCGAGAUGUAACGCCCCAUUGAGCAUCGGUAUCUCAGCUGACAUCAACUCAGGCCAGGUGGGGUAAUCCGUCGGUCAGCUAUUACCCUCGGUGGUCGGAGCCAGAAGCGCCACCACCACCGCGGGAACCUCGGGUAGAGCCUCAAUUGGAGCCUCGGAUGGAGCCUGCGGCGGAGCAGUGGCAUAUUCCAAAUGCAACCUUCACCCAGUCAUAUCCUCCGGUUCCGAGAGCUCAGUCGUCCCUUCCGACGGUCUCUGGAAGUUACGAUUAUUAUCAGGGGGAAAGGCGUCAACCCGUUUUCCACCCUCGGAAAGUGAUACCGGUUUCGCAGUGGAAAAUUCAGAAAUACAAAGCUGAUGAUCAAGGAUUGGCCAUGAAUGAGUUUCUGGAAAACGUUAUGCAGAUGGCCCUUUCUGAACAUGUGUCUGAAGAGGAGCUGUUUGACUCUGCAAUCCAUUUAUUUGAUGGGCCGGCACUCAGUUGGUAUACAGCCAUGAGAAGCCAAGACCGGCUUAGGAACUGGAAUCACUUGAUUCAGGAACUGCAAAGAGCAUUUCGUCACCCCGAUUUGGACGCCGUAUUGAGAGUUAAAAUCUAUCAAUAUCGACAACAGCGCAACGAAACCUUUCAGCAAUACUAUUGUGAUUUUACUUCGAAGGUGAAUUCCAAGGGAAUUUGCUUGAGCUGGUUGGGAAUCGCCGUUAAAUUUCAAGGGGCGUUUCAACGCGUUCUUGUAAAAUUAUGGACUUUUAUGUUAAUGCUCUUAUUACGUUAAACGACCUCUAGACUGAUUCUCUAUAAAAUAAUAUACGUAACACGCAUUGAAAAGUUUAAUGCUGAACUUUUAAACUAGAAUUUUCCAUAUUUUUUAUAAUGAAAACAUUUUAUCUCGACGAAUUCUUCUGAAAACACAUUGGACCACCCCUCCGACUAUGCUCCUCCAUCCUUACCACCAUCAGCUGGCAGCAUCGGCAGCAUGAGCAGCAUAAAAGAAAUGUCAGAUUGAAUCAAAACAAACCACACCAACAGAGAGAGAGAAUAUCACGCACGUGUUGCUCCUACGUUAAAUAUGUCAAAGCGAUGUGUCAGUUUUGUUGCUGUCUCGCUCUGCAAUCGAACGACGAUUCCAACGGCGAUUCGAACGGUGAUUCCAAAAACGACGGUUCUGAUUCGUCGUGUUCAGUUAGCAAAUCCACGUACAAUACUUGCAUAUGGUAAAACUUUUCCGCAGUAUGAGCCAACCUAUGUCUGAGUCAGAUAAAAUCGAAGUACUUAAGAUGAACUUAAGGUUCGAUUAUCGUAAGCUGUUGGUGGGGCGGCGAAUAACGUCCAUUCAGACUGUAAUAAAUCUCGGCAACGACCUCGAUGCCGCAGACUCAUCGGCCUUUGCCCGGGUUUUCGGUAAUCCCAAGAAGGAAACUUGUGCGCUUAGUAGUGGAAGAUUUAGCCCACAAAACACGCGGGUAUUUUCGAAUAAACAUCAGCAAAUGGGGAAGAACAAUCAACACCCAAAGCAAGAGAAAAAUACAAAAGCGUACCCAAACUCAAAAUCAUCCAAAGCUGAAUCCCAAACUGUUUAUCGAUCAGAGUCAACGCUGGAGAAACAUUCCUCUAAUCGAGAAUCCAGGGCAUCGAAAGACCCGUUCUCCAAGUUGGUGAGCAACUAUCGGCCACCUCCACAGGGCGAAUGCUUCAACUGCCGGGAUGAUCAUGAAACGGGUAGCUGCCCCUUACCCCGACGUUUGUUCUGUCCCAUCUGUGCAUUUCCAGGGGUAGAGUACAAAAGGUGUCCAUAUUGUUCAAAAAACUCCGUACGGGAGUCCUAAAGCCGCCGGGCUUUCUUCGAGCGCCUUUAAACAAGCAUUUCGAGACCUUUAUGGCAGAUCUGGUUAACCACUACGCGCCAAGAUCUGCAGACUCUGAAUCUGAAUACCGUCAACCCCAAGUUAACAAGAUCAUUCUCUCAUCUCCGGAUGGAGAUGAUGAUCGACCCCACGUACACUUGAGUAUUUUUGAUGUGCCACUCUAUGCGCUGCUCGAUAGUGGAAGUCAUAGAACAAUGUUCAACUCAGACAUUUUCGAUCAACUUUCGAAUGUCCGGCUUCGUAAACCAGCAGAACCCGUCGAGUUAGUCACAGCUAGUGGCGAGCCUUUGGAAAUAGCUGGAGAAAUCUUAGUACCAUAUACCUUCCAGGGUAAAACUCGAGUUCUGCCGACACUCUAUGUCCCUGGUUUAGCCGUCAAUUGUAUUUGUGGCAUCGAAUUUUGGCAUGCCUACAACAUCCGACCCACCGUUUCUGCUUUGGCUAUAACUUCUGUCGGUGCUUCUCACUAUCAAGUACCAGCCAAAUCCCCAAUAUUGUCUGAACAGCAAAAGAAUGUUUUAAACCAGGUGAAGAAAUCUUUUAAGGUUGCCUCCCCUGAUAAACUGGAAACCACCCCUCUAAUAGAGCACGAAAUAGUUCUCGGUGAGGAAUUUAAUAAGACAAAACCAGUACGUCAAUACCCCUAUCCAAUUUCCCCGAAAAUCCAAGCGGGACUUUUUGCGGAAAUCGAUCGACUACAAGCCAGAGGUGUCAUUGAAGAGUCCAAUUCCGAAUGGUCUUUGAACAUUGUCCCGAUUCGGAAAAGCUCUGGAGACAUUCGCCUCUGCCUCGAUGCCCGCAAACUCAAUGAGCGGACGAUUCGUGAUGCUUAUCCCCUACCCCAUCCUGGACGCAUCCUUGGUCUCUUACCUCGGGCCCGUUACUUGAGCACCAUCGAUCUGACAGAAGCCUUCCUGCAGAUCCCUCUGGCCCGGGGUUUGCGAAAAUACUGCCAGAUUGUCCCGAAGAUUAUCCGGAUUUCAAAAUUGAGGAUGAUCAAUUAAUGAAGUUCGUUUUUUCCAGCGACCCGGCCGAUCACAGGUUCGAUUGGAAAAUUGUCCCCUCACCAGAUGCCCGCAAACCUAUUAUAUUAUCAGCCCACGAUGAUGCAAUGCACAUCGGGGUGGACAAAACUAUUGGCAAAAUCUGCCAAAAAUAUUAUUGGCCUAGACUAACGAACGAUGUUCGCUCACACGUGCAGAAAUGCACAGUGUUCAAAGAAAUUAAACCUGCAACGGUACCCACAGUACCUUUAAUGGGUGAUAUGUGCAUAUCCAGUCAACCUUGGCAGAUAAUCGCCAUUGAUUAUAUUGGCCCUUUGCCAAGGACAAGGUCUGGCAAACAGUACAUCCUGGUGGUAAUGGAUUUGUUUAGCAAGUGGACACAAAUACAAGCUUUUCCUAGCAUCUCUGUUGGUUCACUAAAAACAACUCUGCGUGAUCAUUGGUUUGUACGCAAUUCUGUACCGUCGAUUUUACUGUCGGAUAAUGCCAGCAUUUUUACCUCGAGAGAAUUUGGCACGUUUCUGGAAAGCUUCGGAGUGAAACACUGGCCCACGUCCCGAUAUCACUCCCAAGCAAAUCCAGUUGAGCGGGUAAAUCGAUCGAUUAACACAGCGAUCCGAUCGUAUGCUCGAGAUGAUCGAAGAUCGUGGGACACAAAGCUGUCCCAAAUCGAGCUGGCCAUAAACUCUACCAUUCACACAGCUACGGGAUUUUCUCCGUUUUUUGUAGCAAAAGGGCAUGAAAUCGUUGUGAACGGGGAAGAUCAUAAUCGAUUCCUAAACGACGAAGAACAAACUUUAGAAGCUAGAAUGACCAGAAUCAAAGAUUGUAAUCCUAGAAUAUUUGAACUGGUUUCCAAAAAUCUGAAAAAGCCUACGAUCUAUCAAGCCACAAUAACAAUUUGCGUCACCGUAAGGCGGCGAAGCCCUUUAAUGUGGGAGACAAAGUGUACAAACGCAACACUAAGCAAUCUAAUGCCAGCGAGCUUUAUAACGCUAAGCUAGGAGCGCAAUAUCUCCCGUGCACUGUUGUGCAGAAGCAUGGCACUUCAUCUUAUGAGCUAGUACAUGCUUCCGGUCGAAACCUUGGAGUCUGGCCGGCAAACUUGAUUAAGCCAGCUUAAAUCAAUUUAAACAAUAGAUUCAUGAAGGAUCAGUGACCGUAGCUUUAGAAAGACCUACCGUUCUUAGUCUCUGGAUAGACCUGAAAAGAAAAAUGGUUCCAUUUUAAUUUGUAACUAGUUUUCGACGAUGUAGCGGUGUCCAGUACGUACCAGCCGGUGAAUACUCCGCUUUUAUUGUUGGAACGGCAAACCGCAGAGUCCUUGUUCCUCGAAAAGCCCACAUCAUUCCCACCGGUAAACAUACCCAGAUGCCCAACACAUCCCACACUAUUCGCGUAAAUUCAAAUUGGUGCACCUUACCACGUAGGCGCAGUAUCAUAACGUCCGAGGCCAUAAAGUCCCAGGACUUUAUGGCGCUUUUUUUUUCGGGGCAUAACUUCCGAACUUGCAGAUACGACACGAAGUCCAAGGAAAGAAGGCACAUAGGAUAUUAUGACGCAUCCAAACUUUUGGACGCUAUUGCGCAUAAAAACGCGACCUAAUGUCCAGGACUGUAUGGCCUCGGACGUUGUGAUCCGGCCCCUACCACGUAGACUCCAUGCGCGCGCGAGUCAUGGACCGAUUUAAUCGAUACGCGAUCAAUCACUGAAGCCGAGUCGACGUGCGGGCUUCGGCAUAGGAUUGCGCAGGUAUUGUUUAUAUGUGUUUAUGAAACAAUAGCAACGGCUCCGAAUAUCCGGAAUUCGAGCAGUUAUCAAUAGGAAUAGAAAAUUUAUAGCAACUAUUCUCUCAAGGUUAUGCUGAGAGUUGUAUAAUCGCAUCCCGUUCGGUUUUAGUACAAAUCCCGAGUGGACGAAGGGUUCAGACUUGAUCAUAAUUGUUAGUGCCAACCCGACCGUUGGCGAGCUUGGAUCGGUCUCGGUACGCGGUACGUCGCGUUGUAAAUAGUUUUUUUUUUCGUAAUUGUCAAUUAUCGUUUGUAUGAGAGAAAAAUUAGAUGUCAGAAUGUUAAGUGUUAAGUUCGAUUAUUCAGCUAAAGCGUAUGAUUAUGUUGCGUUGUUUUCUAAAUUGCAUGUGAUUUUCGUUAUUUUCUUUAUUUCUUUUUUUUUUAUCUGUAUUAACGAGAUUUUUAGCCCUAGUCUAGUUCAUCUCGGGACCCACGCUUUACUUCCCUUCCGAAGGAAGAACUCACAUUUUGCGAGUUUGUCGGGAGUGGGAUUCGAUCCCAGGUCCUCGGCGUGAUAGUCAAGUGUUCUAACCAUCACACCAGGUCCACUCCACAUUUAUUUCUUUACUUGAGUUAUUAAACACUAUUUUCGUGAAGCGUUUCUUAGUAGAAAUAUCUAUAUGAAGUUCGUCUGAACGGUAGUUUGAGUAGUUAUUCCAUGAGUAGAAUGCACGAACCAGCUGAGUCGAAGAAAACAUCUUUAGUGGUGAGAAUACUACGUGUAGUGUGAGGAAAAGAAAUAUUAAACAUUUCUUUUUCUUCCCAGCCCCAGGCGGAUUGUAAUCAUGAAAAUGAAUUACAAUUUAAUGAGAGAAAGUUGUUUGAAUUUGCGAUUUCAUCGUUUAGUUAGCGUGCUUGGUUUGGGGGGCGGUUUGAGAACCCUAUCGCUCUGGGCAGCGCUACCAAUGAGGGGAGGCGUUUAGAAUUCCUCAACAGAUGGCUUUGCACUUUGGUUGGGUGGAUGACAGGCCAUGCAGCGGAUCUGGGAAAACGCAUUUGCGGGCGAGUGUGAUGUUGUUUGAUGAGGCUGUGAAAAGAGAGAUCGAUGGGACGGUGGGCUGAUUUGUAUUUCGACCGUCAAAGGGGCAACACCGUGAAGAUCGGAGAGUCCUGUGGAGUCAAUUGACCAAAGAAAAGUUUUUUUUGUGGAGACAGGUCGCAAAGUUCCCAUCUUGUGGACGGAGCGUUGAUUCCUGCAUAAUCCGGAAUCGUCGUGGAUAAGUACCCACCGGAGUCCCAUUGUUGUUGCGGUGCGCGCUGCCUUUGCACCCUAUUCGCCGUUGGCCGAUAUUUCCACCGGCCGCACGUGGUCACCGGGUACUCACCACCGUUGCGAACCCACUAUCGCUGCGGGCAUCCUGCCGCCUCCCUUCGUGAACGCCAUUGUUGUGCGACACCCGACAUCGCCGCCACGUUGCAUGCGGCCUACGAAGCUCUCUGUCACCGUAGACGUCCCCGCCUGAAAGCCUGCGGGUAUUUCACCAUGCCGGAAGUACCGUCUGGCCCCAAAGACCACUGCACGGGUCCCCAUUCCGGCCGCCGGAGUAGAUCAAGCCAAGUUCGCCACUAUCGUGAGGUCUUUCACCAACUCCUUGCCACCGCCGCGGUGAACGCCGCUACGGGACCGACACCGUCGACCCCGCCGGUCGCCUACCAGCCCCUCGCCGCCAUUGCGGUGCCCGCCUCUACGGAUCCGACACCUUCGGCCUCGCCGGCCGUCUGCUAGCCCCUCGCCGCCGCCGCCGCCUCAGAGUAAGUAAUAUAAGGUUUAAAAACUAAUCCCCAUAUUCUAGCUCGCUAAAUAAAUCCGAAGACCUCCCCAUUACCUCCUCAACGACCCUGGGACUCGAGGACACAAAAGAGGCCUUUUGUGCACGCCUCGUUGGCUGCCGUUGGCUGGCCCAGCAGCCUGAGGUUUAGAUCGACUCCCCCUCUGGGUCUCGGUACACACGUCCUCGAGGAGCGGUAACAAUAUCCAUCAUCUUAGUAACCAUGAAAAGGACCAGUGACCUCCCCGGCCAUCCUGUGGCUACUGGACUUUGCCUUGAAGCAACCUGUUUUGAAAACAAUUUUGACCAAGGCGCCAAAACUAGGCAUGCAACUGCUCUAUCUUUUUGAUGUUAUAUAUCCUUGGGUAAAUCGCCAAUUGUUACACACCUUAUUGCUUUUUUUGCACCGUAUUCGACCCCCUGCAGAAAUUUUUUGUCACAUCACAAUAUGUUCUCACCAGUUUCAGCACACAUUGGUUCAUUUCGCUGCUAGCAAUUUAAAGCGUCGGUUACACUUUUUGGGUGAUGCAUGGAAUAAUCGGUUUGUUUACUUGCUACUUUCUUUGGUGUUUGACGUGUGAACAAAUAUUUUGGACGAUUGAACAUUUGCACGGUAAUCUAAAAAGCAAAGCAAGAUGCAAUAAAAAGUCGCCAAUUGUUGCACAUCUCAUAAGUAUUUUUUUUUCCAAGGAUUUCACCGGAAAUUUUUCCGAAAACUCAUGCUAAGACUUCGGCUAAAACCACCAGGAAUAUCUUCAGAGAUUCAAUCAAAGAUUGCUGGUUCCGGGAAACCCUGCUAAAUUACUCCAGGGAUGCCUCAUUUUCUUUUAAAGCACUUCUUUUAAUGAUUCCUUCAGGAAUUUCGACUUUUCAAUAGAUUCUCGCUGUGAUUCCUCUAGAAGUUUGCUUUGAAUCCCUCCAGAAAUUCCUACUGGUUUUCUACAUAAAUUCUUCAUGUUCCAUGAAUUCCUUUACCAAGAAUACCUUUGCAUAUUUCGGUGGAAAUUCAUUCGGAGGAUAACCACGAAAUUUCGCCAAAAAUUUAUCAAGAAAUUUCUCUAGGAUUUAUCAAAGAAUUUCUUAAGCCAUUUUCUGCAGGGUUCUUCUAGGACAAGGCGGACUUGCUCCGGCGUUAUAACUCGCAGUAUCGCAUGAAACCGAAUUUGCUUCCACUGCUGUCUACUGCCAUGUCUUUUGGAGUUUGAAGGCUAUGUUUCAGUAGGAAUGAUAUGUCAAGAAUAAGUACAGUAUACGUUCGGUCGGUGCAAACGGUUUAACUGCAAUGCUGCUUACCUGUAAAUCCGGUGAGUUCAACAAAUUUGGAGUCAUCGCACCGCCAAACGUCAAAAUGAUGUGCCAUGUUUGCCCUAAUAGGAUGGAGGAAUUGAAUGAAUGUGGAUGAAUUAAACGAAGAGAAAAAGCAGGAUCUUCGUAUAACAAAAUGCAAAAGUAACUGAUGCUUUAUCCUCAUUCACGCUAGAUGAAUAAGUUUCUCUGGCCUAUGAACAGUCACAUGAAGUUCACGUUCAUUUUACGUCAAUGGAUGGCUUGAUGACAUCUGUCAGGCGUUGCAGUUACUCAACUUCAUUCGUUAAGUGAAACGUAAACAUGUAGCAGUUAGCAACUAAACAAAAUGGCUGACACCGAAAACUAUCAUAUAACUGCGAAACUGGCUAGCAGAAUUGGUUCCAGGAGGAGCGUAAUAAUAUAAAGUCUAUUCCGUGAAUCACGCUUAUUAUUCAAAUAGCAAAACAUUGGAACCAUAAAAAAGUUACGUUAUACCGAGAUAAAAGUUACGUUAUAUUGAGUUACGUAAUAUCGAGGCUACGUUAUACCGAGGUAUUACUGUAUAAAAAUCAGUUGGUAACCAAAACCACAAAACAAAAAAUUCCGGCUCCGUGAAGCAAAAAAAAUAUUUUUUAGUUCUUUCUAUUCGAAAAUUACAAAACAAGAUUGAACAUAUUCUUAUACAAUACAAUAAACGCUUUUGGGUAGGAAAUAGGUAUCAAAUUAACGGAUUCACCAUGCUAUAAGCGAAAAUUAUAUGCAUGACCACCCUCAUAUAGAGUAGGGACCGUGAGCGCUGGUAUUUUUCACGGUUACUUAGGGUGAAUCGUCAAUUAUUGCACACCUUGAAAAUUUGCUAAUUGUUGCAGACUCAAUGCUUUGCUUAUGAGAUGUGCAACAAUUGGCGAAUUUUUAAGGUGUGUAACAAUUGGCGAUUUACCCUAGAUGAUGGAUAUAUAACAUCAAAAGGAUAGAGCAGUUGCAUGCCUAGUUUUGGCGCCUUGGUCAAAAUUGUUCUCAAAACAGGUUCCUUCAAGGCAAAGUCCAGUGGCCACGGGAUGGCCAGGGAGGUCACUGGUCCUUUUCAUGGUUACUAAGAUGAUGGAUAUGGAAAAUCAGGAAGAUAGAGCCGUCGCAUGCCUAGUUUUGGCGUCAAAGAAAAAAGGUCCACGAAACUGGUUUCUCCAGGGCACAUUCCGUUUGCCACGGUUUGGCCAGGGAGGUCACUGAUCAUUUUCAUGAUUACUAAGAUGAUGGAUAUGAAAAAUUAUGAAGAUAGAGUCGUCGCAUGCCUAGUUUUGGUGUCAUGGUCAAAAUGUCCUCGAUACAGGUUCCUCCAGGGCACAUUCCGGUGGCCACGGGUUGGCCAGGGAGGUCACUGGUCAUUUUCAUGGUUACUCAAAUAAUGGAUAUGGAAAAUCAUGAAGAUAGAGCCGUCGCAUGCCUAGUUUUGGCGUCAAAGCCAAAAUGUCCACGAAACUGGUUCCUCCAGGGCACAUUCCGGUAGCCACGGUUUGGCAAGGGAGGUCACUGGUCCUUUUCAUGGUUGCUAAAAUAAUGGAUAUGGAAAAUCAUGAAGAUAGAGCCGUCGCAUGCCUUGUUUUGGUGUCAUGGUCAUAAUGUCCUCGAAACAGGUUCCUCCAGGGCACAUUUCAGUGGCCACGGGUUGGCCAGGGAGGUCACUGGUCAUUUUCAUGGUUACUCAAAUAAUGGAUAUGAAAAAUCAUGAAGAUAGAGCCGUCGCAAGCCUAGUUUUGGUGUCAUGGUCAAAAUGUCCUCGAAACAGGUUCCUCCAGGGCACAUUCCGAUGGCCACGGGUUGGCCAGGGAGGUCACUGGUCAUUUUCAUGGUUACUAAAAUAAUUGAUAUGACAAUCAUGAAGAUAGAGCCGUCGCAAGCCUAGUUUUGGUGUCAUGGUCACAAUGUCCUCGAAACAGGUUCCUCCAGGGCACAUUCCGGUGGCCACGGGUUGGCCAGGGAGGUCACUGGUCAUUUUCAUGGUUACUAAAAUAAUUGAUUUGGAAAAUCAUGAAGAUAGAGCCGUCGCAAGCCUAGUUUUGGUGUCAUGGUCAAAAUGACCUCGUAACAGGUUCCUCCAGGGCACAUUCCGGUGGCCACGGGUUAGCCAGGGAGGUCACUGGUCAUUUUCAUGGCUACUAAGAUGAUGGAUAUGAAAAAUCAUGAAGAUAGAGCCGUCGCAUGCCCAGUUUCAGUGUCAUGGUCAUAAUGUCCUCGAAACAGGUUCCUCCAGGGCACAAUCCGGUGGCCACGGGUUGGCCAGGGAGGUCACUGGUCAUUUUCAUGGUUACUAAGACGAUGUAUAUGAAAAAUCAUGUAGAUAGAGCCGUCGCAAGCCUAGUUUUGGUGUCAUGGUCAAAAUGACCUCGUAACAGGUUCCUCCAGGGCACAUUCCGGUGCCCACGGGUUAGCAAGGGAGGUCACUGGUCAUUUUCAUGGUUACUAAGAUGAUGUACAUGAAAAAUCAUAGAGAUAGAGCCGUCGCAUGCCUAGUUUGAUGCCAUAACUGAAAUGUCCACGAAACAGGUUCCCGCGAGGGCCAUUCCGACACCCGGGACAAGACCAGAUCGUGUUGACCGGUUCCACAUGUCCACUAUCAGACGCGCAUUAUCCAGUUGGACAUUUUUGCCGAAGACACCAACAUUGUAUCUAGUAAAGCAUAUAAACCAAGGUAAUUUUAAUGGAAGGUACUGGCAUAUACGCAGUCAGUAGAUGCGGGGAGAGGCUUAUGACGGGGGUGGAGGGAGCGACUGCUGGCGAGUUUGUUUACGCUGUACUCUAUCGGUUUCUUUGGGGUUGCUAGGGUUGCUAGGAUUUGUUUACCCCCACACAAGUGAAAAUUUUUGUCGUAGUGGCAGAGCAACAGCAGUUUCUAAUGUCGAAUUCGUUUUUGAACCUGGGUUGGAACUGGAUUGGCGGAAAAUGUGUAAACAAACAAACGUCAAACAAACUCAAACAAACUUUAGUACAAGCGAAACCGAAGUCGGGUUGGGGUUGAAACUGUGAUCUCAUCCAGUUCCAACCCAGGUUGGAACUGAAUCAAAAACGAAUUCGACAUAAGUUUUCAAAAUGUGGAUUUCACCCGGAGUUGUAACUUUUUGGGCAACAGGUAGUGAUGCGGAAGAUGGGUGGCUAGGACUAGCCGUGUCCAUCAAGCCGUUGGUACCCAGGUAUGACAGGUACUAGCAGGAGGAUCCUUAAGUCGGCGAGAAACGGUUGUUCGCAACCAUUGCGAAGAGUUAGCAUUUCUAAAUAAAUCAUAGAUUUCGACACAUUAAAUAGACGUAAUUAUCUGCCUCUUUCCAUGCACUAAUAGCUUAUCAAGUUUAAUCAAUGAAUCAUCACAGUAGACUGUCGCCCUGUAUAACCGAAACAAAAGAGAAUACGCAACCUAACAACUGAUAAGGUCAGGACCCUACUGCACCACGCAGUCGUAGGCUGAUCACGUGAUUCAGAAAGAAAGCAUGAUAAGGUGUCGAUGUGUCGUUCCUUUAGGUUUAGAAUUAGUAUAUAAGCACUACUUGAACCAACGAAAUACAUGAUCUUUUGUCAGUCGAAAUAGUGCGUUUCACUGUGAAAGAACUCAUCCUCGGGAAGUGACUCCUCUACCAAGGUGGAUUUCAAUCCUCUAAGAAAGCCAGGACUUCUAAUGCAAGUAACCAGCUCUUAGGUUUUGAAUUAUCUCAGAAGUUUCACUUCACCUCUUCGACAAUAUUUUAUCUGAGCCACUUCAGUAACCUUACGCUCUCAAACCAUUAGAGCAAUCGGCCUGAAGUUUCGCAAGGAUACAAUAUUUCGAAAGGUUCGAGAUUCUUCCGCCAAACUGCAAACGUAGCAGUGUGUCCGUCUCAAUCAGCCGAUUGAGACGAUUUCAUCGGCCAUCCAUCAAGGCCACUCAUCGAGGCCACCUUCAGCCGAAGGUUCCGCCAGUUUCCACCAAUGGUCAAGUAUCGACCAUUUUUUGGUCCUUCGAACCGGAUAUCUGAUCCACAACCGUGUGAGCGGAGAUACCCAUCCGCUAAAGGUUGCUGCUAGCCACAGGGGUUAGUCCAGUCCAACCACAUUCCAAGAGGAAUACAAGGAUUCCUCUGCACAGCUACAUCUACAGUUAGGACAUAAAUCCACAAUUGUAGGUGGAUGAUCGGUCCACUCCGUUCCCAGACCGUUGCUUCCGGAAACAAGUUGGUGACAAUCAGCCGAUUGUACCAUCAAACCUCUAAACCGUGAUAACACCCAAGAAAGGAAAGCAUCGUCGUAAAGAAGUACAUUAUCAGUGAAAGGAAAUCAACGAAAUUUCGUGGUAAUCUCUGUGUCCAGUUACAAAGCUGUAGCAAAUGAACAAUUAUAGGGAAAGACGUGUCCCCAGAAAAUAGUAAAAGUGACCCAUUACAAAGUGCAAGAACUAUAACCUAACGAUCGGAACAAACUUUCUCGAACAUUAAGUACAUUAAAACCUGAAGUGAAAAAAGUGUUUUACCAAUGCCGAUUGAACAUACUCCAGUGAAAGAAGUAAAUACCGCACAGAUGAUGUCGGAUAUGAAAACCUCAGUUCAUCUACGUGGCCAAGUCAAGGCCAAAAUAACGCGCAUCCGUAAAGCGAUUGAGGAGGCUAACGCGACAAAUGCUCAAUAUGACUCCGCGCAAUUGAAAAUGUUUUCCCACAAUCUGGAAAAUCAUUACAAAGAGUUCUUGAACAUCCAUCAUAAUGUGGUGGCAGUAUGCCCUCCCGAGAGAAUUGAUGAGCAAGAUCAAGUAGGGAAUCGCGCUACUUGGGCGGUGACUUCUAUAUUCGUCUGUUUUCCACUAUAACUCAGUCAAAUUUGAACCAAUUGACACAACUUUUGGAAUGUGGUGAGAUAGGUAUAGUAUCUACCCGUGUACAACAUUUCAACUCAAUUUGAUCAAAAUUGACUGAGUUAUAGUGGAAAACAGACGAAUAUAGAAGCCACCGCCCAAGUGGCGCGAUACGGAAAGUACUUACAGGCUUACGUGUCUGAGGGUUGCAAGCGCGUACCGUACCGUGUCACACGACGCUCUCUGUGUCAUUACUGGUAUGGUGCCUAUCAGCAUUCUUAUCAGUGAGGACAUGGAGUGCUUCGAAAUGCGCGGCACAAGAGGCAUACGCAAAACUGUCAGGAUGGCCUCUAUGGUCAAAUGGCAGUGCGCGUGGGACAGUUCCACCAAAGGAAGGUGGACCCAUAGGUUGAUACCGAGGGUAGAUAGUUGGAUUAAUAGGCGCCAUGGGGAAGUUUCAUUCCACCUGACACAGGUCCUUACAGGUCAUGGUUGCUUCCGACAGUAUCUACACCGUUUCGGGCAUGCGGAUUCUCCCGAAUGCCCAGUGUGCAAUGGUUUAGAGGAAACGGCGGAACACGUGUUGUUCGUGUGCCCGCGUUUUCGCACAAUGCGUGACCGCAUGCUUGCCACAUGCGGGGAGGACACAACUCCGGACAACUUGGUCCAGAGAAUGUGUAGGGAUGAGAUUAGCUGGAAUGCCGUUUCAACGGCUAUCACCCAUAUCGUCUGGGAGCUACAGAGGAGGUGGCGCGUGGACUCGGAGAAUGGCUAGUCCAGAUGCAGUACAAGAGGUGGUCCAGGGGUUCGAAGUCGGCUUCGUAGGUCAUACCGGUGCCCUGCGGUCGAGAUCGACCCUUACAGCGAUUAAGUGGCCGCGGAGAGGAAGUCCCGGUAGCGGUGCUGUCGUGGCGUCGGUCUACUGGGUUGGAUCUGAGCCCGCGGUUGGAAAGGGGUCCCCGGCAAGGGUUGGGGUAGGUGAGAUCCUGCUGUCUGCAACCUACGGGUGCAUCUGAUAGGGCCUGAAGGGUAGUGAUACCCUUCCUUUGCGGGCAGGUCAGAUCGGGUUGCACGUGGGCAUCAGUUCUUGAUGUCCGCUCAGCAGUAGGGCGCGGGCGGGGUUGACCCUGCCCGCCUUCCGAGGACAAAGGGAGUGGCGAGGACCACUCGGGAAACUGGCUAAGCGCCAGCAUGCUAUCGUGAUGGACUCUCCAGAGCGAGUCAUCGAUGUUCGUUGCUGCUAGGCUACGGCAGCUAACCUUGAGGGUGCGAUAUGCACUAGCCCCUCUCUGAAGCAAUACCUUCUUGGUGGUUCCGGAGAGACGUAGGGUUUGGCGACCAUAGGAAUGUGUUUUAGUGGGUCGAGGAGAGAGUAGUCCUGGCUUCUACCGGCAUUGUAGAAGACGGCCUCAUCCCCACACUACCCUAACCUUCCUGUUAGGGUGUCUGAUGAGCAGAUUUAUCCCCCUAUGGUUUAGAAAAAAAAAAGUGGCGCGAUACCCUAUACCUGGUGUUCGAAAUACAAUUCAAUAAAACCUAUGUGUUGCUGGAACGAGCAAUACAGGCAAGCCGUGACCGUUCCGUGGUCCAACCGCAAGUGCAAACCAACGAAAGCCCUCGCAUCAUUGUUCAGCAGCAGCCAUUAAAGGCUCCAAUUCCAACUUUCGAUGGCAAACCAGAAAAUUGGCCUCGCUUUAAAACCAUGUUUUCGGAUGUGAUGCGAUCCUCCACCGACUCAGAUUGCAUCAAGCUGUACCAUCUCGAACGCUCUCUAGUAGGAGCAGCUGCUGGCAUUAUCGACGCACGCACUCUCAAUAACAACAAUUACGCCCACGCUUGGGAAAUUCUCGAAGACCGUUUCGAGAACAAACGGGUAAUCGUUGAUAUCCAUAUCCAAGGUUUAUUAAGUCUCCGUCGUCUGAACCGGGAAAAUCAAAAAGAGCUACGAGAGCUCAUCGAUGAAGUGACUCGGCACGUCGAUGGGUUAGCACUUAUCGACAACGAGUUGGAUGGAGUCGGAGAGAGAUUUGUAGUUAAUCUUGUGUCUGGAGCAUUAGAUAAGGAUACCAGGAAAGAAUGGGAAGCAUCCAUCCCGCAUAAGGAAAUUCCAUCCUACGAAGACACCAUUGAAUUUCUAAAGAAACGGUGUGCCAUCCUCGAACGCUGUGAAGGUUCAUCGAAAAUUCCAUCAAUCAUGAAGCCAUAUAUCCCUGUAAAGAAUGCUGCCAAGUGCCAACCAAAUGAAGAACGCACAAGCCAAAUCAUGUGCUAUUACCAGAAGUUCCGAGACAAUUUGUGAUAUAUGUUCUGGUAUGCAUUCCAAUUUCAAAUGUGAGGUUUUCCGUGCCAUGUCCAUUCCUCAACGCCAAGCAAAGGUUCGAGAGCUGCGAAUGUGCUACAAUUGUCUACAAAAAGGUCAUCCAGUCAGUUCCUGUAGUUCAUCCAGAACCUGCCAGAAAUGCCAAGGUCAACAUAACACACUUUUACAUGUUGAGAAAACAUCCUUUGUGAAUACGAGACCUGUGCCAUUCAAACAAGAGCUUGGACAAAUCCCAAAAGUUCCUGAAGAAAAACCUAUUACAACAUCUUGUUCAAUAAGUAAGGCUCCUUUUGAUAAUAGCCUUUUGAUGACGGCUGUUGUUAAUAUUCUGGAUAGUAAUGGCAAAUUUCAUCCAUGCCGAGCAUUUUUGGAUUGUGGAUCGCAGGCUCACUUGAUAUCGGCAAGACUACUGCAAAUAUUAAAGCUUCCACACAUUCCUGCCAAGGUUGAGAUUAUUGGGGCCAAUGGAAAAAAGACAACUCUCAACAAUAUGGCCAAAACUGAAAUACGUUCCAUACAUUCCGAUUAUCAUGCACAAAUAGAGCACCUCGUUACAGAUCGGAUCACAGGUGUGAUGCCAUCUGGAAAAAUCAACACGCAAUUCUGGUCAACUCCUCCCGGAUUACCACUUGCAGAUCCAACGUUCCACAUUCCAGGGGAAAUAGAUCUCUUGAUAGGAAUCAAGCUAUUUUUCCAUUUACUGAUGCCAAAUCAGCUGAAGAUUUCCAACGAUCUUCCCAUACUUCAAGAAACUCGUCUAGGAUGGGUUGUCGCUGGAGCUAUGGACGACGAAAACGUGGAUUUAAUCUACAACCGACAACAGUGCCAUGCUGUCAUUCUUGAACCACUGAAUAAAACCAUGGAAAAGUUUUGGUGUCUGGAAUCCGUCGGAUCAUCUCCAUUGCUAUCUAACGAAGAGCAGCAAUGCGAAUCCAAAUACUGUUCAACAACUACUCGUGAUAUCAACGGUCGCUACAUCGUCCAGCUACCUUUGAAGGACACAGCAUCUAACCUAAAGAGCAAUCGUUCCCUUGCUCUCCGUCGAUUUUUUAUGCUAGAACAGAGACUUAAGAAAAAAUACGAGAUGAAGGAGUUAUACUGCAAUUUUAUUGAUGAAUACAAACAACUUGGUCAUUGCCAGCGAGUGAAUGAGCUUGACGACACUCCAGGAAAGAUAACUUAUUAUCUACCACAUCCCGCAGUCCUCAAACCAUCAAGUUCCACAACAAAGCUUAGAGUUGUGUUUGAUGCUUCAGCGAAAUCCUCGGGUGUUUCCCUCAACGAGACAUUGAUGAUUGGUCCAACAGUCCAAGAUGACCUCUUUUCAAUUCUUUUAAGAUUUCGUAGGCAUCGCUAUGCCUUUACUGCAGACAUUUCCAAAAUGUAUCGCCAAAUCCGCAUCGACCCAAGCCAGACAUCCUUGCAACGAAUUUUCUGGCGAAAAGAACCAACCGAUCCGCUGGAAGUUCUAGAAAUGACAACCGUCACCUACGGGACAUCCAGUGCACCAUUUCUAGCCACGCGAACUUUGAAGCAAUUGGUCAUCGAUGAAACAAAACGCUAUCCCGUAGCGGCGAAAAUUGUGGAAGAGGAUUUCUACGUUGAUGAUGUCCUUUCUGGUGCCGAUACCGUCGAAGAUGCUAUUCAAUCCCGAUUGGAGCUGACCCAUCUUUUGCAUUCCGGAGGUUUUCCCAUACACAAAUGGUGUGCUAACAACGAAGCCAUCAUUGAAACAGUUCCAGAAGGGGAAAGAGAAAAAUUUCUUACCUUUGAAGAUGCGGAUAUAAACGAAUCCAUAAAAACGCUAGGAUUACUAUGGGAUCCAAAAAAGGACAUUUUCCUCUUUGUUCCUGAUUGUUUUUCAUCAAACCAAGAACCUCCGACCAAACGUCGUGUUCUUUCCGAAAUUGCAAGGCUUUUCGAUCCCCUUGGUUUUGUGUCUCCCGUAAUAGUGAAUGCCAAGGCUAUAAUGCAGCAGGUAUAGUUAAGCAAGUUAGAUUGGGACGAUAUACUUGAAGGUGAUUUACUUACGGAAUGGCAAAUAUUUCGUGAUUCACUUCAUCAAAUCCAGCAAAUCAGAAUUCCAAGAUAUAUGGCACUACAUGCAGCUAUUCAUUACGAAAUUCAUGGGUUCGCCGACGCGUCCAACCUGGCAUACGGUGCGUGUAUUUAUAUUCGUGCAGUAUCAAAUCAAAUCGUGAAAACUACGUUGAUAUGCAGUAAAUCCUAAAUAGCGCCAAUAAAUGGUCUAACCAUGCCAAGAAUGGAGCUCUGUGCUGCGCUAUUGCUAUCUCGAUUAGCCUCAAAGGUUGUUCCUGCCCUCAAGAUGAAUUUCAACCAAAUCACAUAUUAUUCUGAUAGCCAAAUCUUCCUUGGGUGGCUAAGAAAGUCUCCCACUCAACUAGAAUUAUUCGUUCGCAACCGUAUCAUGGAGAUUAACAAUCAGACACAAAACGCCCAAUGGAGGUAUGUACGAACAGAUGAGAAUCCAGCUGAUGUGGUAUCCCGCGGCCAACUACCACAACAGCUUGCCGUGAACUAUUUGUGGUGGAAUGGACCAUCAUUCCUCCGCAACCAUGUGAUCCAGAAUGAAGAACCUGAACCUAUUCCAGAUUGCGAGUUACCAGAAUGGAAGCCCACUGUGAUUGUUACGCCUGUCGUUCGACUCGAGACUCUUCCAUUUAUGACCAAAUUUAGUUCCUUCCGACGACUCCAAAGAAUUGUCGGAUAUAUUUUGCGAUUUAUAAGGAACACUAAAUUGCCUAGGUCCCUUAGAAAUAUUUCAAAAUUUCUCACCAUUCCUGAGAUGAGACAAUCAUUGGAAGUCAUCGUCAGAUAUAUCCAACAAACCGAACUAUUUGAAGAUAUCCAUUCCCUGAAAUCUGGUCAACCUACUCGUCGACUUGCAAACCUUUGUCCCAUCAUGGAUAACGAUCUUCUGCGUGUUGGAGGUCGGUUGCAAAAUUCACGAUUAUCAUACAAUGCUAAACACCAACUAAUUCUUCCAAACAAAAAUCCUAUAACGGAGUCCCUUGUGAGAGCAUUACAUGAGGAGAAUUUACACGUUGGUCCGUCCGGCUUAAUAUCCCUCAUUAGACAACGGUGGUGGCUCCUCAACGCCAGAAACACAGUACGUAAGGUAACGAGAUCCUGUAUUAUUUGUUUCCGAUCCAACCCAAAACUGCUUCAACCACCAAUGGGUAACUUGCCCGAAGCCAGAGUGGUUCCUUCCGCUCCAUUUUCCAGAACAGGAGUUGAUUUUGCAGGGCCGAUUUUUAUUCGUCGAGGAGGAAGAAAAUCAGUACCGGUCAAGGCCUAUAUCUCGCUAUUCAUCUGUUUGUCUACAAAGGCAAUACAUUUCGAAGUCGUAUCGGAUCUGACUGCAGCAGCAUUCAUAGCAGCACUCCAUCGAUUUGUGGCCCGACGCGGUCUUGUCGAAGAAAUACAUUCAGACAAUGGAACUAAUUUCGCCGGUGCUAGAACUGAACUACACGAUUUAUAUCUGUUGUUUCAAAAGGAUCAAAUGCAAGGAAAGUUGAAUGAUUUCUGUCAACCACGGGAGAUAAUAUGGAGAUUCAUUCCACCUCGCGCUCCAAACUUUGGUGGACUAUGGGAAGCCGGAGUGAACAGCACAAAAACACACUUGAAGAAAAUAUUACGCAAUGCUUCCCUAACAUUCGAAGAAUACUACACUGUGUUGACCCAGAUUGAGGCUAUCCUCAAUUCACGCCCUCUCUUUUCCCACUCCACUGAUCCUACUGAACUUGAGGUGAUUACACCAGCGCAUUUCCUCAUAGGUCGUCAAUUAACUGCUAUUCCUGAACCUACCUUGGAAGAUGUCCCAGAAAAUCGGUUGACCCGUUGGCAACAUCUACAGAAAUUACGGGACCACUUUUGGAAACGCUGGUCAAAUGAAUAUUUGAACACAUUGCAAACUCGUCAAAAAUGGACCAAACAUUCAAAAAACAUUACUCCAGGAGUUGUAGCUUUGUUAAAGGAAGAAAAUACGCCGCCCCAGUCGUGGAAAUUAGGCAAAAUUGUGACAGUGUAUCCAGGUGCUGACUGCACUAUUCGUGUUGCUGAUGUCCAGACUGCCGCUGGUCUGUAUCGCCGACCAGUAUCCAAGUUGGCCCCACUUCCCUUUGAGUCUAAUGUCCCACAAUCCAAUAACGCUUUAGAUUUAAGCGCGGGGGGUGAAUGUUCGCAACCAUUGCGAAGAGUUAGCAUUUCUAAAUAAAUCAUAGAUUUCGACACAUUAAAUAGACGUAAUUAUCUGCCUCUUUCCAUGCACUAAUAGCUUAUCAAGUUUAAUCAAUGAAUCAUCACAGUAGACUGUCGCCCUGUAUAACCGAACCAAAGAGAAUACGCAACCUAACAACUGAUAAGGUUAGGACCCUACUGCACCACGCAGUCGUAGGCUGAUCACGUGAUUCAGAAAGAAAGCAUGAUAAGGUGUCGAUGUGUCAUUCCUUUAGGUUUAGAAUUAGUAUAUAAGCACUACUUGAACCAACGAAAUACAUGAUCUUUUGUCAGUCGAAAUAGUGCGUUUCACUGUGAAAGAACUCAUCCUCGGGAAGUGACUCCUCUACCAAGGUGGAUUUCAAUCCUCUAAGAAAGCCAGGACUUCUAAUGCAAGUAACCAGCUCUUAGGUUUUGAAUUUUCAUCUCAGAAGUUUCACUUCACCUCUUCGACAAUAUUUUAUCUGAGCCACUUCAGUAACCUUACGCUCUCAAACCAUUAGAGCAAUCGGCCUGAAGUUUCGCAAGGAUACAAUAUUUCGAAAGGUUCGAGAUUCUUCCGCCAAACUGCAAACGUAGCAGUGUGUCCGUCUCAAUCAGCCGAUUGAGACGAUUUCAUCGGCCAUCCAUCAAGGCCACUCAUCGAGGCCACCUUCAGCCGAAGGUUCCGCCAGUUUCCACCAAUGGUCAAGUAUCGACCAUAUCUGAUCCACAACCGUGUGAGCGGAGACACCCAUCCGCUAAAGGUUGCUGCUAGCCACAGGGGUUAGUCCAGUCCAACCACAUUCCAAGAGGAAUACAAGGAUUCCUCUGCACAGCUACAUCUACAGUUAGGACAUAAAUCCACAAUUGUAGGUGGAUGAUCGGGCCACUCCGUUCCCAGACCGUUGCUUCCGGAAACAAGUUGGUGACAAUCAGCCGAUUGUACCAUCAAACCUCUAAACCGUGAUAACACCCAAGAAAGGAAAGCAUCGUCGUAAAGAAGUACAUUAUCAGUGAAAGGAAAUCAACGAAAUUUCGUGGUAAUCUCUGUGUCCAGUUACAAAGCUGUAGCAAAUGAACAAUUUUAGGGAAAGACGUGUCCCCAGAAAAUAGUAAAAGUGAUUCAUUACAAAGUGCAAGAACUAUAACCUAACGAUCGGAACAAACUUUCUCGAACAUUAAGUACAUUAAAACCUGAAGUGAAAAAAAGUGUUUUACCAAUGCCGAUUGAACAUACUCCAGUGAAAGAAGUAAAUACCGCACAGAUGAUGUCGGAUAUGAAAACCUCAGUUCAUCUACGACAAUAUUUUAUCUGAGCCACUUCAGUAACUGUAACGGUUGACUAAAGUAUACCUUGUCUCUAGUAUACAUUGAUACAAAUGGGUUUCAGUGACGGGAAGACGUAUGCACGGAUGAAAAGAGAAAGCACGAGAGAAUGCGAUAGACUCGGGACCUUGCUGGGGACUGAGCGGGGAGUCGGCCAGUUGAGUUCGGACGGUAACCACGAUCGGUCGACGAUUGAGAGGUCACGCGCGGAGAUUGAAGUUUUCAGAGCGUUCAUCGGGAGCCGUGGAGUUAAAAGCGAAAUCGUACAAUGGCUUCGAGGAUGAAAAUCGUGCAAAUUCGAUCAUUAUAGAAGAGUGUGACGUUUGGUUCAUGAUGGAUGCAGAAUAAUUUAAGGUGGAAUGGGAGCGCGUCCAGGUGCAUUUUUGCUUCGCAUUUUCAAGAGCACCGUUCUCGUCAUCCCCAAAAUACCCGAAAACGAAAAUGCUACUCAAUGUUUACCACGAGUGAGCAAGCCUACUCAUUGCUUUUUCAGCUCUGUUUGUUGUUUAGAUGACGAGAUCCGUGCUUUCGGUAUUUGCAAGGCAGCCAUUGUGAUGGCCAUCUUUGGAUUCGCUCAUAUAUGUCCUUAACAGAAGAAUGUGCCCAUACAGCGGUAUACAGCUGCAUGCUUCGUGCAAGGAUGCUCUAAUGGUGCCCCGCCUGGUAAAUAAUGAGAAGUGGUUGCUACGUGCGGUGUUUUUCAGAGGCUAUUUUGUGCAUGGUACGCUUCGUGCUGGAUACGCUGUGCGAUAGAGAAGCUACGUGCUGGUUAUGCUGUGCUAAGUUGGGCUCC